AACUUGUCGUGCUGGAAAGAACAAGGACUGAUCUGUCACUUUGGUAUGAAAGUCUAGCUGUGAUCUUCCAUGUAGACCAAGGAAUCAUCUCGGCAUAUUCUCAAAAAUACUGGAGAAAUCAAUUUGCGCACGGCAGAAAUUUACAGCAAAGUGGACUCCGUUACUGGGGACAGUCAAAUGCAGCACUCACAGCUGAUGAGAACUUUGGAGUCUAUCCAGCCCCGGAAUGAACAAUCCUUGCAACACCUCGAACACGCACUAGCUCAGACCGAGGAUCGACUUCUCAAUGCCAUCAAAUCCCUAUCUUUUACCACUCUGAUCGAUGUGCGAAACAGAGCGAUGUCCGACGAAAUGCAGUUGACCCAAUCUCUUGUAGAAGGUAUCACGUCGGAACAAAAUUCAUCGGAACUACGUUUAGUACGACGGCUGAUGUCUAAGCCCGCUGCCCUGAAGAAAGUGACCACGAUGAUGUUACAAAGGAGAGCUGACCGGCAGUAUUACAAGGGACGACUCACUCUAUGGCCUAUCGUCUCAAUGGCUAUAGUAUACUCAUUCUCUAUGACCACAGGCGCAGGCGCAUUCUCGAUUGCAUCAAAGCUUGACCUUAUUACGAUCGUUAAUGUAAACCUCGACCCAACUUUCUCCACGGUGAUUGCAGUCAGAAAUAAGCUCAAUAAGCUGUCUCUUAAAAUGUUUCGUUGUCUUAUUCCACAUAACGUCUAUCUAGAGCAUGUAGACAUACUCCUCGCAGACCUUUGCAGAGACCUCACGCAUAAGAGACAACACGGAGAACUUCAUGGUAAAGCUCAGGAUAUACAUGGGUUUAAUCUUUUAUAUCAUCUAAUAGAUAGUGUGACUCCGAUCGGAGACCUCAACUCAUUUAAUGCGCACAUUUCUAAGAUUUUGGAUCUUUUCAUUGAUUGUGGCGUCGACUUCAAUGCCACCUUUGGUGGAGUGUGGCUUGGGAGUAAUGCACUGGAAGUUGCGCUAGAUCAUACAACUCCCUCGUGGUCACAUUUUAUAUAUGAACUCGUUAAGCACGGCUGUGAAAUACCUCAGGAUCAUAGUAUAGUUUUCCAAAGCUAUAAUCUUGAAGGACUUCCGGAGUUGCUAUUCAAUCAUCCGGGUCUAGCAGAAGCUUUGGACCUACCCCAACUGCAUUGCGCCAUCGUGCGAAGAGACGUCCUUACCUUGCGUGCGUUACUUGAUAAAGACUGGGCUCCAAGUUUACGUAAUGAAGGGGCAGGUGACCACCACGCGCUCAUCCUAGCUCUCGACUGGCCAGCAGGAAUGCAAGUCCUCCUUGAAUAUGGUGCUUGUCUUGAGGUAUCCUGGGGGUUUCCGGAAUAUUGGUGCCCCACAGACCAUCUUUGGGAGUCUCUCACGCUUCUACUAGAUUUGAAGUAUGAUUCUGGCCUUGACAGCGUUGACAUGGUCAUGAUAUUAAGACAUAUUCAUGGUAUUGGUAGAAACUAUGAGCGAAUCUGUCAUGUAAUUGCACAGGCCCUGGCAAAUGUUCGCCUGGAACUAAUAUCAUAUGCUCGAAAACGCCUGGGGGCUCACAUUUUCAAGGAGUUGGACGUUGACAAGGAAGAUCAGAACCUUCCUUCAGAAUACAAAAUAAACAACCUGAUCUUCAAACUUCGGGAGGCUGGAUAUAACGACAUACCCAGUCGGUGGCAGUCUCUCGGAGCAGCAUCUGUGUAUCACUACUGCAGAUGUGAUGGAGGGACAAUCUUUGCCCAGGCUCUUUAUGAUGCAGGCUUUAAGGAGAUAGACAUUGCUGAUCUCAAAAAUGGCAUGACGCCCUUUUAUGUGGCCUGCGGUGAGGCCAAAGUGGAAAUGAUGCAAUGGUUCCUAUCCAAGGGGGCAAAAACUCACCUGAUUAGCCCGAUUCUACACCCUUCAGGUGCGCAUACGUUCGUCUCUUGCAUGGGGAACGCGAGAAUUCUUCGGAAGGCCCUGGGCCUUGAUAUUGGCUGGUCCACCCACGAUUCCUGCUCAUGUUCCUGCAGCCCAGAUGGAUGCCUUCCAGGGUCUAUACUAUGGAGAAGGGUAUCGAAUCGUGAACUUUUUAACGACUUGGGGGGGAAGAAAUUACUUAGAGAAGCACCUACUGCGUGGGAUAUCAAGAAUUGCGAGGGCAUAAUCCGAGUUGAGAUCUUCCAACGGCUAGAUAUGGUCCACACGUGUUGCUUUCCUGCAUGCAUAGGCGAUACGUUUAGGACUGUCAAGGAUGAAGCUGAACGUGUGGAGAUACAAGAUGAGGAUCGGGAGAUGGCCGUGGCGUUAAAUUCAUACAUGCACGUAUACCGUAAGAUAUUGCGAUCUCAUCGAGACCUUGAGUAUCACACGUUGUGGCUUGUCUGGUGGGAUGUCCUAGAGACAUGCCUACCGAUGCGGAUGCUUGUACCUGUGAAUCCAAAACAACCCUACGGCGAAAUGGUUGACAAGACCCCUGAAGUGCCGAACUUAGACGGAAAGGGAUGGGAAGCGCCAGAGGAAGAGCUCAUUGCUGCGUUCAGACAGAAAAUAGCACUGGAUGACAUUACGAAACUUCCGUCAUGGGACGAAGAAGAUUCGGAGGAAGACGUUGUAUCCUACAAAUGGCCGGAAGAAUACGAUCCGCCCUACGGAUAUUGGCUGCCCAGAUAAGGGGUGAUAAUGGAUAGGCUCUGGGUCCACUAUCAGAGUCCCAACGGGUCCCUUCCUCCUACAACCACUUUCCCUACUUCCGAACCCAAGAUUGUAUCUUAUCACGUUUAUCUCAACGAAUCUACAUCGUCCUUCCCACGCAGUCUCCCGGGUACACACAUCUCACCAAUCUACCCUCCCCUACAUGUAGCAUGUUUCAAGAACAACCAGUCAAACACAUCAACCAAGACGCACCAACUAAGUAGUAGCUGGAAGUACACAACAUAACACAAACACGACAAACCAGCCCGCAUACUCGACGCCCAACGCCACAACACCGGACGGACCGCUCGCUUGUUGUUGCAGAAAGUUUCAUUAUUAUCAUUGAUACAGUACUAGG